AUGCAAUCAAGCGCCGAGCAUUAUGAAGCUCAAAAGCGCGUGCGCUAUGCUAGAGCGGAAAUCUUGGCUCGGCGCUACUGUAGAACUUCCAUUUCUUUGUUCUACAAUCUAACAGACGGAAGCACAAAACAUCUUGCUGGAAACCGUGCUUCUCGACCAAAACCUCAAAGAAAAAAGACCAGUUAUUCACAGUCAAGUGAUGGAGAUCCCCAAAAAACUCAUGGGAGUAGUGGCGAGGAUCUAGCUACUCAAGAAGUUGAUGUUAAGACCCAUAGCUGGCAUCGUACGAACCACUCCGCCUGGCACGCACAAUCGGGCAAUUCUUCACAUCCUCAUCAAAGAUACCCAAGUGGACCAACCGGGGAUAUCGAUCCCCUAACUCCCGUUUCCCAAACAAGUGGUCCCCUGCGUCCUACUAAUGAAACAAAAAGAGGAGGGCAUGGGGAUUGGUCCCGAGGAUGUGCUGGUUGGCGUCAACGCUCUUACAGUGGUAGUGAGCAAUCAGAUGUUUUUUAUUCUAACCACUCCAAUCACCGAGGCCGUGGUCAUUGGCAUCCAUCCAAUGAGGUUGAUGGAAAUACGGGACGUGGACGUGUUCGAGGGCGUGGAUCAGGUCGUCAAGGCUUAACACAUCGAGAACCUGUUGGUGGUGGUCAGUCACCAACUUCUAGCAGUAAUUCAUAUCGACCUGUCAGUUGUUUAGUUGAUACUCCUGGUGGCCAAUCACUUCAACAAAUCAAGAAUGGGAGAAUUUACUCCAAAUCGUUUUCUAGCGAUCCACCACCUGGAUUCGAUCUCCCAAUUCAUGAGAAACAUGCUAGUGAGGCAUUAUUUACAACAACUUGUCAAAAAGAAAAUGUUUUCAUUGAUGGUAGUCAUUCAAUAACUAGUCAUCAUGUUAACAACAAUAAUUGUUUAAAGAGUUCUGCACAAGCAAAUGCAAAACAAUCUAUGAUACAACCUUGUAAUUGGUAUUACAUUGAUUUAUUUAAAUGUAUCCAAGGUCCAUUUACUAAUCAACAAAUGACUACAUGGCUUGCCGGUGGUUAUUUACCAUUAGCUUUAAAAAUCCGUCGUGAUUGUGAUGAAUGUUUUCUUAGUUUAGCUGAUCAUAUGAAUUUAGCUGGACGCAUUCCAUUUUGGACUGGUUACAAUCAGCCGCCUAUUACAAAUGUAAAUCUGUCAACACUUUCUGCAUUACAAUAUAGUAUUAAUAAUAGUAGUCAAAUAUCAACUCAUUCAACUAUUGUUGCCACCCAAAUAUCCUCCUCAACUCCACCAGGUAUUACAAACGAUAAUACAGAUUGCAUUACUUUACUUCCACAAUCCACACUAACAACAUUUAGUGGAGAUCCAACACAGCUUCAAAAUAGACGAGACAUCAAUGCCAUUGAUGGUGAUAAAACUCAGGUAACAAUCGAUAAACACUCAAUAACACCGCAUAUAUCAAGCAAAUUAUCGUCUUCCUUAAUUGAUAAUUCAGAAUCACAAACAAUCGAUAAUCCAUCUUCAUUUACUGGAAUCAAUGAAAAGGCGUUAUUGGAUUUGUACAAUGAAGCUCAAAACGUUGCAUUACAUACGUCUAAAAUUGAAGCAGAACGUUUAGCUUUAGCAAAUAAAUUAGCUGAAAUCAAUAGUACUACAGCUAAAUUAUUAUCGAAUCUACGUCCGACACAGUUAAGUUCUACACUAACUGAAUCAUUAAUUCGAACAACAAAUGCUGUACAAAUUGAAUUAGCACGUAUACUAGAGCCAUGUAAUAGUAGUAGUGGUAAUAUUAAUAAUUCUAGUCUAAUCGAUAAUGAAAAUACUGCCGCCAUCACGCCUAAAACAACAACUGACAGAAGUAAUGAUAAUGAUGACGCCACUACACCUAUUCUCGAUGAUCAUAGUAAUAGUAACAGCACAAUUGUUGUUUCAUCAACAAAAUUACCACCAACAUUAUCAUUUUCAGGAAUAAAACUUGCCGAAACAUUAUCUACUACUCCAACAGCACUUAAUAAUAUGCACCAACAUGAAAUUCAUUCAAUCGAUAAACAACAAAUUUCUAUGGAUGAAAAAUUAAAUACAAAUGACUACUCAGAUGUCAAUGAUAAUGAGCCUCUCUUAGACUUAACAAUAAUCAAUCAAGAAUGUAAUCAUAGUCAGCAUACUAAUAAUGAUGCAUAUGAUGAUCUAAACAAUGUUGAUAAUAAAAAGAUUCAAUCUAUAGAAGAACCAAUUUCAGAGUGUGAAAUUGCUUUACCGUUGACUUCGAACAAUGUUAAUCAUGAACAGAAAACAAUAACAACAACUACAAAGAAAUCUAGACGUAAAAAUAAGAAAACUCACAAAAAGUUAGCAUCAGACGAAAUACGUCAAUUAGCUUGGGAGACAGAGUUCAACCGACGUAAAGCUGUUGCAUUAGAGCAGUCAUUGGCUGAAGAAGCAAGAUUUAAAAAAUUGGCUGAAGAAGAAGCAGCUGCUAUAGCUGCAGAAAGAGCUUUAGCUGUACAAGAGAAAAAUCGAACUCUUGUUGAACAACGUAAACGUGAGAUAUCACGUCUGAAAGUAGAUAGUGAAUUGGCUCUUUUAAAGUUGCCUGAAUCUGCACGUUGGGCAGCGACUGCUACUAAUAAUACAAAAAUCGCAGUAAAAACUGGUCCUAUAGAUUUGAAAUCUAUUCAAGCUUCUCAAGCUGCUGAAGAGGUGAAAAGGAAAUAUCAUGAUGCAUUGAUGUCUGAGCAAGUUGCUGUGUUGAUAGCAGCAGAGGCAGCUCCUUUAUCAAGUAAAACUCCACUCACAUGGUCUCAAGUUGCUAAAUCUGAUGGGACACCUUCAGCAGCUAUAAAUCCAUGUAUAUCAAAUAAUGAUAAACUAACUGAGCGUUCUAAGCAUAAUGUUGUCAAAUCGUCUAGUGAUAAUCAUCAUCAUAAUGAUCCUAUACAGAAAUUUAUUGUUCAUUCAUCAGAUAGUAAUAAUACUUCAUCUUUAACGCAAUUAGACUAUUUGAAAAUCAAUUCAUCGUCGAAAACACCAUUGAAAAACGACAACAACAUCAACAACAACAACAACAAACUAAGUAAUAAUUUAGUUUUAUCUCAUUCAAGCAUAACGUCUGCUGCUCCUUCUACAUCUGUCUUGUGUACACCAAAAGUCAAUAAUACCAUUCAUAAUUCAAUAACAACGACAACAAAAACACCUUCAAUAUGGGAUCUACCUGUGACAAAUAAUCUAGAGAAUACUAACAAUGCAACUGGAAAAAAAAGUAGUUCAAAAAAGAAAAAAAAAAAUCGUGAAGUUUCUUUAUUUCCUGCUAAAGAAGAACUUGCUCAUUGGUGUGAAUCUCAAUUAUCUUCCAUUCCUUUAUCUGGAGUUGAUUUGCCUACGUUAGUGGAUUUGUUGUGUGAACUACAAGCUACAGAUGAAAUAGUAGAGUUUAUUGAAACUUCAUUGGGACGAUCAAAGCGUAUUUCACAAUUCUCUAA